AUGGGUUGCAUUCUGGAGGGAGGCUGUGCUUUAAGAGUUGGUUGGCACGCAGGGAUGCCAGUAGCGAUUCUCGGGAAGAAUUUUGAGAGAUCUGGAGUUACUAAUUCAUUUGUUUCAAGUCUAAGUAAAGCUUCGUACGAGGCAAACAACUAUACCCAAGUUCUGAACCAUUUUGGAUACACGCCAGAGAGCUAUCAAACCUUUCCGCAAAGAUAUUUCAUAGACAAGUCCAACUGGGGCGGUGCUCAAAGUAAUUCUCCCAUAUUUGUAUGGUUGGGUUCAGCAGUUGACAUCACACACGACUUGGACACGGGCAUCUUUAUAGAUCAGGCUCCUAACUUCAAAGCUCUUGUGGUGUACAUAGAGCACCGUUAUUACGGGACGUCAAUGUCAUUCGGGGGAAAGGAGGCGGCGUAUGCAAAUGCGAGCACUAAGGGUUAUUUCACAUCCACGCAGGCCUUGGCCGAUUAUGCGGCCAUCAUUGUGGAUUUGAAGAAAACAUUAAAGGCGGAGAACUGUCCAGUCGUCGUGUUUGGUGAAACCUAUGGUGGAAUGCUAGCUGCAUGGUUUCGCCUCAAGUAUCCGCACCUAACAACCGGCGCCCUCGCAUCAUCUGCACCUAUCCUUCACCUCGACGACACCGCUCCCACUAAUAGUUCUGCCAGCGUUGUCACCAAAGAUUUCAGAGACGUAAGCGACGUGUGCUACAGAAGAAUUAAUGAAUCGUGGGACAUGAUCGACAAAAUUGCAUCUACCCCUCAAGGAUUGCUAAGCCUAAGCAGACUAUUUAACUCUUGCGAAAUUGUUACGGAUACGGGCGCCCUGGACGACAUGCUUGAAUUUAUGUACAUCCACUCAGCGGGGUACGAUUUAAAACACGUUGAAGGGAUCUGUAACGCUAUCAAUAGCCUACCCGAAGGAACACACACUGUUAACAGAAUAGCUGCUGCAGCAAAUUACAUGAACGAAGACCAGUGCUUGGAUUUGAGUCCCGCGAAUCUCACUUAUUCCGGAUGGAAUUGGCAGUUUUGCACUGAAAUGGUGUUUCCAAUAAGCGAUCCUCCUGGCACGAUGUUUCGGCCCUACCGCUAUGAUUUCAAUUCCCAAUCCACGGAAUGCUACAAUGUUCACGGUGUCCUCCCACGCCAACACUGGGCAACAACUGAAUUCGGAGGACACGAGAUUACAAGUGCGUUGAUGGACUUUGGAAGCAAUAUCGUUUCUUCAAAUGGGUUAAGACAUCCGUCAAGUAGUGGAGGUGUGCUGGCGAAUAUUUCUGAAAGCAUUGUAGCUAUUACCACAGAAGAGGGUAGGUUGCUUCAGAAUGCAUUUUGCCUUCCCCCACAAUCGCAAGGAAAUAAUAUCAUCUUACAAGAAUUGAAUGUCAUGCAGGAAGGCAUUUUUGUCUGCAUCGUUACUGUGAAUUCUGUGUUUGUUAUUGACCAUUUGGGUGUAAUGAGAAGUCUCUAUUCAAGCAUAAACAGGCAACUCCUUAACCAGAAACCGCCGGCUCCUGUCACUAUAAGCAGGCAGCUAGUUAAGCACGAUGAGGAGGACCUGUUUCGGCUCGUAAUUUGCUAUAUAUAUUCGUUUAAGUUGCUUCAACCCAAAACAUGUUUGCAAUUGAAACAUGCUACGAAAUGGAGUUCCAUUCACUGA